AUGUCGACAACAACAGACACCAAUCAACAAAUCAUUGUUGUUGUUGUAGCUGGAGGUGGCCCAGUUGGUCUAACAUUUGCGCUUAAUUUAACAAUGAUGAUGGGCAAAAAUGCUAAGAUCAUUAUUUAUGAGGGACGAUGGUUCGUUGAUGGUCAAGCUGGAGGUGGCCCAGUUGGUCUAACAUUUGCGCUUAAUUUAACAAUGAUGAUGGGCAAAAAUGCUAAGAUCAUUAUUUAUGAGGGACGAUGGUUCGUUGAUGGUCAAGGUGAGAUGCGUUGGCAAGACGAAAAACAAGGAAAAACACGUCGUGAUCAAGUUGUAACAUUACAAGAUCAUGUCAUAGAACAAAUGCCUGAUUAUAUUAAACAAGGUCUUUUUCGAAACAUAGAAGAACGUGUUUGGCCAACAUCAAGAAAUAUUCCAAUUCGAGAAGUUGAAGAUCGUCUCUUUGAUCUUCUAAAACCAUUUGUGCACAAUGGUCAAAUUGAACUUGUUCCAGAAAAUUUAAAUGAACAAUCCGAAUGUCUCAUUAAAGGUAAUUUCGACAUUUUAGUUGGUGCAGAUGGUGCGAAUUCUUUUGUACGUCGUUAUUGUAAUAUUCAAAUGAUAAGUGAAGGUCUUGAAUAUGCAUGUGGCGUAGCGUAUAAUAUUCCAAAUGAUGUUCCGUCAUCAGAAGCACCACUUCAUCAAGCAAUGAAUUGUGUUUUAACUGUUAGUCAAACUCGUUAUUUGGUUAAUUCAUCUACAAGUCGACACGGCUAUUUGAACAUUCGUCUUACACACGAUGAAAUGGAUGAAUUACGAAAUCGAUUACAAACGUUUCAAUCAAACAAUGAGCCGAUAAAUUUAUUAGAUUAUAACAAAUGUCCACAAUCACCUGUGUGGACAAUUAUUCGACAAGGUUUAGACUUUUUUAGAAUAUCUCCAAAAUAUGUUUUUCGUGUCAUACCAAUUGAAAUUAAUGUUCGUCAUGCAUCGAUUGUUGUUCGUGAACUUCGCUUCGAAAUAGAUAAAAGUGAACGAAAACCAAGACAAAAUGAUGAGAAAAAGUACAAAACUGCACUAGCAUUUCUUGCUGGCGAUGCAGCAAUGUGUGUUCAUUUCUGGCCUGGUCGAGGAAUGAACAGUGGAAUGAAAGCUGCGAUGGCUUUAGCGCGUAACAUUGUUCGUACAUGCACAUCGAAAAACUCAAUUAACAUACGCAAACCAUUACGAUUCUUGGAUUUUCUCGAUUAUGAAGGCUUUAUGGCUCGACUUCGAGCGCGUGAACAGCAAGGUCGUUCGUUACGUGUAUUAGUUAAUCCUAUUGACAAGUCUGUUGAAGAAUCGUAUUCCUAUGCUCAUCUAGAGCAGUGCUAUAAAAAAUAUACGAAGAAGCUGAUUAGAAAAUUAACAGAAACUCGAGACCGUCUUCAAAAACUGGAUGGAUGGCCACAUCUUUCAAAUCCUAUCUCAGAUGAGCAAUUACAGUACGCUUCGAAUCGUAUAGCUCCGCAGGCUGUUGCUCAAUUGUCAUUAGCAAAUCCAUGGCCUACAAGAGAGAUGAGUGGAGCGGAUGUACUUGUUGAAAAUACAUUCCCAUAUGAUUUAAGAAACGCUUUCCCUGUUCCAGUAACAGCUUCUUUGAAUCUAAAGCGGGCUCCGUCACUCCUGAUCCGUUACAAGUAUCAUGUAUUAUGGGUCACUGGUGAUAAGCAAAAUGAGGGGGUUGAUAUUCUUAUCAAAGAUAUUCAAAAUUUACAAAAUACGUCAAAAACAUUCGGUACUACACACUCGAAUGAUGCCCUAACUGUUCUGAAAACUGUUGAAGAAGUCGAACAAUGGGUUACAAAAAAUCAAGCAAUGAUUAGCCAGUCGAAUAUUAUAUUCAAAGUUGUAACACUAUGGACAAUAGGAGCUGACAAAACGGCGAUUGAUGUUAUUCGAGCUGUUCGUGCUAAAUUAUCAAGAGCGCCUGUGCUGAUUUUUACAAAUAAAAUCGAAGAAAUUCAAGCAGCUGUUGAAUUUCCCAAUGUUGUUGUGACAGAUGCAGAAGUAGAGGUAAAAGAAUUUGUUGGAGCUAGACAAGAAACACUGUGGAAUACUGGUUAUCGCGUAUCAUAUAUGCAAGACACAGUACAAGGCGCCGUAUAUCACACUCCGAAGUUAGAAAAAGUAUCAACUACUGAAAUCAAAAAACAAUCAUUGGCAUCUGCUGAGUUGCCAUAUCCAUUGACAAGCUCUAGUCAGCCAAGUAUGCCAGCCGUGCCUAAUGCCAGUUUUUUUCAGUUUCCUUUACCAUCAUCACCACCAAAAUUAUUUAGUUCAUCUUAUCUGGAUAUGAACCGUUUUUCUAUAUCAAAGCCGAUGUUACUCUGGAUCGAUUCAUCCGAUAAUGAUCGAAAACUCAAGAAAGAAAUUGAAAAGAAUCAUCCUACACUCGAAAUUAAAUUCAAACCAACAUACAAAGAAGCAGAAGAAUAUUUAACUGCUAACUUACGUGACAUACAAGGACGAGAUAGAGUUAUCACUGUAUGUCGAGGCUUUUAUUCAACAGAGGAAAAAAGCUAUACGGAUAUUGCUCAACUGUUUGAUACUCUUGAUCUUGGAGAAUUACCUAUGGCAGUUUAUACAAGAAGUGUAACAAUGCUAUUGGAAAGAACACCAAAUCAUCCAAAAAGAGUAGAAAUCUUUGAUAAACAAAGUGCUUUGCUUGCUUUCAUUAAUCGGUACUUAUAA